CUCAUUAGUUUGGGUGCCUCGAGUUCAUCUGUACAACCGAGCUCCUGUACCGAAAACGACCUCUGCUUUCAAAGACACGUGCACUGACCCCACUACUGAAACAGAUUCACCGGCUACACCUGCGCCUCUCUGAAGAACCACCACAGACAAUCUAUUUGUUUCACUUUCAGACGAGGAGAACUGCACUGCAAGGAACUCUAACAAGUCCACUGGCAGGUGAGAGGAGGAAGAUACAAAAUAAAGAUUUAAACAUGAAACUUGAAGUGUUUUCCGCAACCCACUUCGUUCCCAUGGAGGUGUGCAGUCACAGUGAUGCAGAGGGAACUGUCCCCUCUCCCCUAUCCGGGGAUGAGCUGGGCUCAGACGGGGACUGCGUGGCCAACAGUCCAACACCUGCCACCCCGAGCAGCGCCGAUGGCAAGGGGAAGCCCUACACCCGCAGACCCAAGCCACCCUACUCCUACAUAGCACUCAUUGCUAUGGCCAUCCGGGACUCCGGCAGCGGCAAGUUGACUCUAGCCGAGAUCAACAACUACCUGAUGAAUAAAUUCCUGUUCUUCCGUGGCAGCUACACUGGCUGGCGGAACUCGGUGCGCCACAACCUGUCGCUGAAUGACUGUUUCCUCAAGGUGCUCCGGGACCCGUCCAGGCCCUGGGGCAAGGACAAUUACUGGAUGCUGAACCCGAACAGCGAGUAUACCUUCGCCGACGGGGUGUUCCGGCGCAGGAGGAAGCGCAUCACUAAGUGCCGAUCCAGCGUUGGUUCCAAUAAGGACACCAAGACCCCAGACGAGGAGACUCGCUUCUCGAGCACUCCAUCUGCGCCCUCCCGGGAGGAGAGGGUUAUGGGAGCUAAGUUCUCCAGCUCUUCCAGCUCCUUCUCCAUCGAUAGCAUCCUCAGUAAGCCCUUCAUAAGGAGGGAUGAUAGAGACCACACUGAUGCAGACAGUGCAUAUACCAACCCCGGUGCCCACCGGAGCUACUGGCCCGCCGGUGCCCACCACAUGCUGCCCCACACACUGGGCUACCCACCGGUAUCCCCUGCUAUGGCGCACGCACAUGCACAGCAGUUGUACCACCAGGCCAGCUCAGGCGCGUCGCGCAUGUUGUACGCAUUCAGGUGCAGCCUCGCGGAGCAAGCCGAGCACAGCAGGGACCCACUCACAGCUGUCCACAUGACGUCACAGGGCUACAUGCCAAACUCCGAUGCUGCUUUCUCCCGGGUGAAGAUGCACACAGCGCAACGUGGCAGCUGUCAUCCUUUCCAGAUAGACUCAUUGCUCUCCUAAAGUCAACAUAAGGGACAAUACUGUAAUGAUGUAUCUUAGAUUUGCCAUGUGCACUUUCCUAUACGCUCUAUGUUUUUCUAGUUUUAAAAAAGAAUUCAGGGCUUUGAACAGUUUCCAAUGAUAAGUCGUUUAGCAAGAAUGAAAAACGUAAUAUUUUCUUGUUAUCAAGUGACUUUAUUUCUGUUUGGUUAUUCCUAGGACCGAGCAAAUUAGUUGCAAUCUAAUGACAUGACAUUCCCCUGUGUGUGUGUGUGUGUGUGUGUGUGUGUGUGUGUGUGUGUGUGUGUGUGUGUGUGUGUGUGUGUGUGUGUGUGUGUGUGUGUGUGUGUGUGUGUGUGCGCGCGCGUGUGUGUGUAAGGUCCUUUCUACUGUAAACGACGGCUACCAUGUGCCAAAUAUGAAAAUAUAUAAAUAUUUGUUGUAGCCUAGUUUUGUAAGACUUGCUGCAAAAUAUUUGUUGAAAAUAUUUGUUCGAUUGUUGACUACUGCACAGAAAGGAAAUACAGUCUGUUUUCCUAAACAUUGAUUAAUUCAUGCACGAUAUUUUUCUGAGCGAAAAUAAAAAUAUAUUUUGGAAAGAAUUAUCAAAGCAAACCACAAGUAUGUAUUCUUUAUUUUCCUUUGGUUAAAGCCAAGACAAGGGCAAUAAAAAGUCAAUAUUUUUUUUUCUUCCAUGAAGUAUACUUAAAGUGUGUUUGGAAUCAGGGGGUGGGAAAAGUUGUGCAUGUGCAUAAGGAACGAAUGGGGAAAUCCCAUAUCUGCCAGGAAAUAAGGGCAUAUAGCGCCUGCAACCCUCGCGCUGUUUUGGCAUCCUUCUCAUCCCACUUAAACCACUUAACUUCCAGAGGAAUGACGGUUAUACAUUCAUUUGAGACUUAUAUUUCACCCCUUUGCCUACUCUGCAUAGCAUGGCACAGCUAGGAAGCUGCAGUGUAAGGCACAAAUUAUGAAGAAAGGGGUAUACAUAUACAGACCUACAUUUCACCCCUCUGUCUUCCUCUGCCUGCACGGCACGGCUAAAGAAGCAUGCGGGAUUGUUAGGCACAAAUUACAGGUCGGUUAAGAUAUUUUUAAAUAUUUAAGGCUCGUGAGAUCCAUCCCAGGAAUGAGGAGUGCUGAAUUAUGUCAAAUAAAUCAAGAAGGAUAAUUAACAUUAACAACAACACACGUCUGGGAAGGACGUUCCAAGUGAGGAUGGGGUAUGCGUUAUACGGACAUUUCGCUUCACAAUAGCAGAUCAUGUGUAGUUAUAAUAUAUUAUAUAUAUUAAGUACAGUUAAAAUAUACACGUCUCCUCAAGCUCUAAGUUAAUUAAAACAAACUAAAACAUUCUUUAUAUUUGUCCUCCAAUUCGAGGAUGGAAUCUCAGACUUGGGGAAACGUUGCUCCAUCUCCUAUGGUUUAGGGUAAAUUGUAACAGAGCAUGUCAAUCAAAAUAUGGCGUACCCUACUCAUUCAACAUUCUCUGUUCUGUGACGUUCACAUGGCUAACGUGCUCGGGGUCGGGUCAACUAUAAACAAUGUACAAUCAAAUGUAGAGUGUUCCUAUUUGACAUUUGACUUUACUCUGUACAUAAACCUUGUAGGCUACACAAGCAUUCUUGUUUCAGUCACGCAAUUCAAAAUGUCUGUGUCA